AUGGCUCAAGCACUCGGCAACACGCCCGAGGAGCAAUGGCGAGACAUGAAACGAAAGGGACAGCGGAAUGAGCCCCUGGACAAGCUCAUAAAGAUGGUUGGCUUGGAAGAAGUCAAGACGCAGUUUCUUCGUCCUAAGGAAUCUACGGAGCUUGAGUCAAAGCAUUAUGGGCUGAAGAACGAACGGCGGGCCACUUUUCUCAAGUCUCUUCAGGUUUUUGGCGAUAUGACCGGUCGUCAAUGGACCUACAAGGAGAUUAGCGGUUCACUGCUGGCCCAUCAAGGACUGGACCGCAUCAAAGCCUUCAUCGACGAGAUCACAUCACAAGGUGUCGGUGUCUUGUUCAUCGACAAAAUAUACCAGCUGGUGAAUGGAAACAAUACCGGCGGGGCUAGUGUCGUCGACUACCUCCUGACCGAAAUGGAGCCUCCAGGACAAGCUCGUCUUCAUCUUCGCGGCUACAAAAACGACAUGGAGAAAUUCUUUGCUCACAACGUUGGUGUGCGUGGACGAAUCGGGUAUGAGUUCAAAUUUGAAGAUUACGACGAAACACAGAUCCAACAGAUUUUGCAUUCUCUCAUUGAGGAGAGAUAUAAAGGGCAAAUGAGAAUUGAGAAAUGUCAGACACAACCGAAUGACCCCGAAUUCCUUGUCAAAGCAGCCGCGCGCCGUAUCAGCCGAGGCCGUAAUCAAGAAGGCUUCGCCAAUGCCAGAGCUGCUGAGAACUUCGUGUUCCAAGUCAACGCACGGAUGUCUCAGCGAUUAAUCAGAGAGGCAAACGCACACGAGGCGAAAGGCGCGAAAUUUCCAGAUUAUUUCUUGCUUACUGUGGAUGACAUGCUCGGCCCCGGAGCGUCUUCGCCUCUAUUCAACAGCAAGGCAUGGAAACAGCUCGAAGCGAUGAAAGGACUGGAUGCUGUGAAGAAAUAUGUUCUUGGCAUGGUUAAAAAACUCCAUUUCAACCGAUGGCGCGAACUUCAGGACCUGCCACCACUGCAAGAAUCACAGAAAAAAGUCUUCCUUGGUAACCCAGGAACAGGCAAAACCACCGUGGCUACGCUAUAUGGCCAGAUCCUUGUGGAACUUGGCAUUCUGAGUAAUGGCGAGGUGGUUGUGAAGACGCCAGCGGAUUCCAUUGGUGCCCACAUUGGCGAGAGUGAACAAAAGACGAAAGCCAUACUUGAUUCAACGAAGGGGAAGGUCUUGGUGAUCGACGAGGCAUACCAACUGGGAAACAAAGGUGGCGCAAAAGGCACUCAUGGGAUCAGCAACUCUUUCAAUACUGCAGUCAUUGACACACUAGUCGUCAACGUACAUAGUCAAGCCGGGGGCGACCGAUGCGUCUUACUGCUUGGCUACAAGGACAAGAUGGAAGAAAUGUUCCAGGAUGCCAAUCCAGGGCUCAAGAGGAGGUUUCCACUUGACAGUGCUUUCGUCUUUGAGGACUUCACAACUGAGGAGCUGCGCGACAUCUGGCGCCAGCAGGUAAAAACAAGAGGCUUGGUCGCCCCCGGUCAAGUCGAAAAGACUGCCAUGGAAUACAUCGAAAAGCAGCGCAACCAGCUGAACUUUGGAAACGCUGGAGAGGUCAACAUCAUCCUGGAUGCGGCACAAAAGCGCUACCAGGAGCGUAUAAGGAAUGAUCCGACGAAGUUCAAGGAUGAUGUUCUCCUGAGUCCGGCGGAUGUUGAUCCUGAAUUUGCACGAUACGCGCAAGGCUUGGACAAUGUCAAAGAACUCUUCAAGGACGUCAUUGGCUGCGAGGCAAUUAAGAAGGUUCUGACCAGUUGGCCUGUUAGAGCCAAUGAUGCCCGGAAGUUUGAACAAGACAUCCACGAAAUAAUCCCCAUGACUCUUGCUUUUACAGGUCCUCCCGGAACUGGUAAGACCACUAUAGCGAAGAAGAUCGGAAUCAUCAUGCAUGCUCUGGGGCUCUUUGGGAGUGAGGAGGUGAAUGUUAUAUCGGCGAGCGACCUUAUUGGCGAGUUCAUUGGCCAUACGGGCCCCAACGUGCGAAGACAAUUUGAGUCAUCAUUGGAUCAGGUAUUUUUUAUUGACGAGGCCUACCGUCUACGCAAAUCUCACGGCUUUGGUCAAGAAGCUAUUGACGAAAUAGUCAUAUGCCUUACUCAGGAAAAAUUCAAAAACAAGUUAGUGGUGGUCUUUGCGGGAUACGAGCAACACAUCGACGACUUGCUUAAUUCCAACCCGGGAAUGGCCAGCCGAGUCCACCAGACGCUGAAAUUUCCAUCACCUACAACUGAAGACGCUAUCAAGUUGUUGGAUCUGCAUGUCAACAAAGACCCUUUCCGAGCCAAUUGUUUGAAGAACGGAAAUGGGACCCCGAAAGUCAUGACGGCAACGCGGCAACUGGUCAACCUUUCUACCUGGGCAAGUGGUCGGUCUGUCGAGACUCUAGCCAAAAACAUCAAAAGCGCAACAAUGGACGAGGAACACAUGGGGCCCCUAAUAAUGAUCAAGGAGUGUCCCGUCCUAGCACAACUCGACUUCAUGAGAGGUGAACUACUUCGUCUCAUGAGUUCUUCCGACAGAGCCGCAGCCGAAGCAUUUCGCGUACACUCAUUAGAAGCACCACAGGCAGCGACACAUGCAGCAUCAGCCAAGCCGCCAAACGUGAACAUGAAGACGACCACCAACGCGCAGAAAGAAUCUCCGAAUUCAGGGGGGGGGAACGACCCCUCUGGCGACGCCGCUCUGGCCAAAGCAGCCUCCCCCAACAUUCUCAAACGAGACCGAGAUAGUGAAGCAGAAGAGGAUGAACCGAGGACCAAAAAAGCCAAGCCUGCUGGAGUGAUAGCUAAACCUCCGGAGAAGGCAUCGAAGCCUGCCGCAGCCCCGGAUCCCAACACAAGUACGACGCGGCCGACCAAGAGGGCGAAAACAGUCGUCGCGCUACCACCAGCGCCUGCAGCGGUGCCUUCACGGACUGAGUCAAACCAGGGGCUUUCCGACGGAGGACAGCAAGGCACAACUUCUGCGGCGAGAGUGCUUGCAAACAAAGUGCUUGCAAAGAAGGAGCGACAAAGAUUGCUUGACGAGGAGGCCCAAGCAAAAGCGCUCGAGAAGAAGAAACAAGAAAAGGCUAAAUAUAAUGCGCUAAUGGAAGUGAUCGAACGACAACGUGUUUAUCAUAAGGCACAACGAGAAGCCGACGCGAAGGCACAACGAGAUGCCAAGAAGGCCCAGCGAGAAGCCGAUGAGAAGGCAAAACGAGAAGCCGAGAAGGCACAACAAGAGGCUAGAAUGAAUGCUCUAAAGGAAGCGAUUGCACGACGAGAUGCCGAGAAGGCCCAGCGAGAUGCCGAUGAGAAGGCACGUCGAGACGCUGCUCUGAAGGCCGAGCGAGAUGCUGCACUAAAGGCACAUCGAGAAGCCAUCGAGCUGGCACGACAAGAAGAGCAACGACGCAAUGAGCUGGAACGACAGCGAAGACUAAUGGAGGAGCAGCGGCAACAGCAAGAAGAAGAGGGCUGGCAGAAGAGGAGAAGAAGAAGGAAGAUGAGGCAGCCCAGCGGAGAGCGCAGCAGAAUGCCUUGGGCCCUGAAGGUUACGCUUGGGCUAAGCAGGCGGAUGGCACGUGGCGCUGCCUUGGGGGCUCCCACACGUGGAGGCAAGGGCAAGGGCAAUACUGGUAUUAGCCAGAUGGCGACCCCUGUGGAUCAAUGUUGA